UUAUAUAUGUGAGGGAAAAGAAAAGAAGAGAUCACAAUUCACAUUGGCAUCAGCCCCUGAAAGAGAAACCGAAACCCUAAACCCCAAACUUUGGCUUGCGCCAUAUAGAGUGGUGUGAGAAUGGGAGAGAUAUACAUCCAUCGGAGAUUUAUACCACCGAUUGACGACCCCAUAUUUUCGACUUCGAGGAGUGCAACACUAUUUGGGACGCCUUACAAGAAGUUACCAUUCCCGAUGCCCAUGAAGAUCCCCCUCUCGAUUUGCUGCGACACCUGCUCCUAUUACAUCCGCCGCGGCAAAACCAUUCUCUCUCGCAAGGAGCAGGUCAUCGGCGAGGAUUGCAAGGGAAGUCCGAUCUACCGCUUCCGCUUCAACUGUACAAAGUGUUCUGCUCCCCUCAGCAUCAAGGCAGACCAUGUAAAUCUUGACCGCGUUGUUGAGUCUGGCGCUACCAGAAUGACUGAAGAAGAAGAGCGUCAGGUUGCAGUCAAGAAGAGACGACGGGUUCGGGUUCGGGUUCGGGUUAGGAAAGCUGCUGAAGAAGAAGUAGUGGGGGAUGCAAUGAAAUCUUCAGAGAACAAAAGAGAGAUUGCUGCGCUGGAUGAUGAGGAGGUUGCAGUGAAGAAAGGACGGAUUGGGGAAGCAGCUGAAGAGGUGGGGCUUGCACUGAAUUCUUUAGAGAACAGAACAUUUGACUCUAAAAGAGAGAUUGCUGCGCUGGAUGGGAUGAAAUCCAUGGAGACUGAUAACAAAAAAAUCAGAGCAGCUCCCUCUGAAGUUUCAUCCGUCCUUGCUGUGGGGUUGCAGUAGCAAAGAUGGUUGGAGAACUUUUUCAACAAAGAUGGUGGUCACUAGACAUUAAUGUUUAUGUAAAUCUUGCACGAUGUUAGUGGUGGUAUUAUGGAUAUGUAUUAUGGAACAAUGAAGUGUUUUGGAUGGUUUUGUAUUAAAUCUUGGGAGGGGUAUAGUAUUAUGUUAGGUAUUAUGAAUGGUUGUGUAUAUAAACUAUGGUUAUGUGUAAGUGUUAAGGAUGGUAAUGAAAUU